CACGAAUAUAUUAGAUAUAGUCGACCUUGACUCCGCGUUUGAUUUAAAGGUAUUCCGAUGGGUGGUGAUGGCGGUAGUAUACCUCGGCGCGAUGAUCUUGUCAAGCCCAAGAAGAAGCAAGAAGUUGCCGAACGUGAAGCGGCUAAUAUGGCGCUUUGGAAACACUGUGCUCUCACACAAGAUCCCCUUCGUCAACCAGUUGUUUCUUGCUUACUGGGAAGGCUCUACAACAAAGAGUCAGUUAUCAAUAAACUUCUAAGCAAGUCAAACGGAGAUGGGUUUUCAGACCAUAUAAAGAAGCUACGAGACGUAAAAGAGCUGCGUUUAAGUUCAACGUCCUCAGAUCAUCAAGAACCUCAAGUAUUUUAUUGUCCGGUAACCGGCCUGGAAAUGUCAGGGAUCUAUCCUUUCGUUUAUCUAUGGAGUUGUGGCUGUGUCUUCUCCAGGAAGGCCCUUACGGAAGUCAGUAGCAACUUAUGUAUGCUGUGUGGUACAUCAUUUUCUUCGGAUGACAUUAUUUUAAUAAAUCCUCAAACUAAGGAUGAAAUCGAAGUUGCCAAAACAAGACUGAUCAAUUUUCAAACUGCUUCUAAGACUCGCAAACGAUCUUCAGCUAACCGCGUUUCUGAACAAUCAGAUCUCGUCGAUGAAAAUAUCCCAAACAAAAAGACACUUGUUCAGGACAAAACAUUGGAGGGUAAGAAAAAAUCCGAAACAUCAUCAGAACUUGAAAAACCAGUAAUAGAUCCUCAACCCCAGCAAGAAACCUCUGGGACAAGUAGAUCGAUUCAGGAAGAUCCUAAUUUAAGUUCUGCUUAUAAAUCAUUGUUUAAUACGUGUGAACAAGCUAAACGCCAGCAAAAAUCCCACUGGGUUACUUUUAAUCCUUUGUAUUUCAGAUAAACCUCUCUUUUCUCAACUAAUUUUGUGGAUUUCGUUAUUUUUUAAUGAUGUACAUAAAAAUUUGUAAUAUGUUAAUUUGUCUUAUCUCAUGGCUUUAUUAUAAAUAAACAAACAAAAUUUUUCGCAACAAA